UUUUUCCUCUCAAGAAUUUUAGGGUUAAGUUCAAGGAGAUUUCGACGAUUGUGAUUGGUCAAAAUGUAACAAACUCCUAUUUAAAAGAAAUUGGUGUUAUUUUGGGUUUUUUUUUUCUGUCCGGAUUAAUAAUUUUCCAAGCAUUUUUGUAGGAAAAAGGGGGGAAAAAGAAAAAAAAUCAUUCCAUUCAAUCCAAAAUUUUCUCCUCUACAACUUCCAACUUUCCCACUCAGCCUAAAAUUUUCUCUUUCUACAAGGGGUCUCUUUCUAAAACUUUCUCUCUCUUCCUUUCUCUCUCUCUAGCUGUUUUGUUUCUCUCUCUACAGUCACACGGUGAUAUAAAAUUUGUCUCCGCUUUCGAACUUUCAAACCCCUAUUUCUCUUUAUCUCUGCAAUCCUGGUACCCUUUUUUCGAUUCUGUUGCCCUCUUCGAUUCAAACCUAAAGAUUAUCUCCUUCUAAAAAUUCAUUUUCUCGGGUGGGAAAGUUGUUUUCUCGAGAAAGUUGUGGUCAAAUUUUCUUGGAGAUUCCGUCGCCAUCUGGGGCUUUUUUCUUGGUGGGGUUUUUGGUUUGGUCCGACUGGUUUUUUGAGUUUUGGAUUUUGAUGAGUAUGAAGAUCGGAGAUGUUGAUCGCGAGUUGUUGCUGGUGGUGAGACUUCGUGGAAAUUUCAAAAAGUGUUUGUAUGCGGUUCUUUGAUGUUGACCUUUGAUGGUUUCUAGGUUUUAUGGGCUUUGAUUAGGGUUUUGAAGUGUGCUAUCAUAAGAGAGAGAACAGAUAAAUAAGCAAUAUGGGCACGAAAGACCGUCAAAAUGCUACUGACAAUUCUAAAGUGGAGGUUGGAGAGAUAGACACAAGUGCACCAUUUCAAUCUGUUAAAGAUGCUGUCAGCUUAUUUGGUGAAUUUUCUGGAGAAAAGCCUUCCAUUAGGAAGGCAAAGCCUCAUUCUGCAGAGAGAGUAUUGGCCAAGGAGACACAGCUCCACCUGGCACAGAAAGAGCUAAACAAGUUAAAAGAACAAUUAAAGAAUGCGGAAACUACUAAAGCCCAGGCACUUGUAGAGCUUGACAAGGCUAAGAGAACAGUUGAGGAUCUAAAUCAGAAGCUCACUACUGUCAGUGAAUCAAAGGAAUCUGCAGUUAAGGCAACAGAAGCUGCAAAGAAUCAAGCAAAGCAACUUGUAGAAGCAAACACAGGCAACCCUGCAGAAACUGAUGGUGCAUGGAAACAGGACAUGGAAACUGGCAAACAGCAGUACACAACCAUAAUUGUUGAACUUGAUGCUGUAAAACAAGAAGUAAUUAAAACCCGUCAGGAUUGUGAUGCAUCCUUGGAAGGAAAAGCUGCUGCCUUUAAACAAGCAGACGAAGCUGAGCAGGUAGCCAAAGCAAACAUGGAGAGAGCUAGUGAGCUUUCUAAGGAAAUCUCAGCUGUACAGGAAUCAAUUGGACAAGUGAAGCUUGCAUCUGAGCAAGCCCAGCAAGAGCAAGCAAAGUUAUAUGCUGAGAAGGAUGUUCAAAGGCAGUCAUAUAGAGCUACCUUGGAAGAGUCAGCAAAGAAAUUGUUUGCUUUGAAGGAAGCCUUUGAUCCUGAACUCACCAGAAAUCUUGAGGCGCAACUAGCUGAAACAGUGAGUGAGAUUGGGGCUGUGAAAAAGGAGAUGGAAAAUGCUAGGGCUUCAGAUCUUGAUUCUGUGAAAACAGUAACUUUAGAGCUGGAUGAUGCUAAAGAGUCAUUGCAUAAAGUAGCUGAAGAGGAAAGCUCUCUCCGAAACUUGGUUGAAUCCCUUAAGAGGGAGCUUGAGAACGUGAAGAAAGAGCAUUCUGAAAUGAAGGAGAAGGAAGCAGAAACAGAAUCCAUUGCUGGGAAUCUGCAUGUGAAGCUCCGGAAAAGCAAAUCUGAGCUUGAAGCAUGCCUUGCAGAAGAAUCCAAAGCUAGAGGUGCUUCUGAUGAAAUGAUUUCAACACUCCACCAGCUAUCCCUGGAAACUGAAACUGCUAGACAAGAAGCAGAAGAGAUGAUGAAAAAGGCUGAAGAGCUAAAGAAGGAAGCUCAAGCGACCAAAAGUGCACUGGAAGAAGCAGAGAAGAAGCUGAGGGUUGCACUUGAAGAAGCUGAAGAAGCGAAAGUGGCAGAGACAAAGGCCCUUGACCAGAUCAAGAUCUUGGCUGAGAGAACUAAUGCUGCACGUGCCUCAACAUCCGAGUCUGGCGCCAAUAUCACAAUCUCUACAGAAGAGUUUGAGGCUUUGAGCCGAAAGGUGGAGGAAUCCGACACAUUAGCCGAAAUGAAAGUGGCUGCUGCAAUGGCUCAGGUGGAAGCUGUGAAGGCUAGUGAGCAAGAGGCCACCAAAAGAUUGGAGGCAACUCAGAAGGAGAUCGAGGAAAUGAAGGCCGCAACAGAGGCUGCUCUGAAGAGGGCAGAGACUGCUGAGGCAGCCAAGAGAGCAGUGGAGGGAGAGCUCCGAAAAUGGCGGGAACGAGAUCAAAAGAAGGCAGCUGAAGCUGCAUCUCGGAUUCUGGCAGAAUCGGAGAUGUCAUCAGAAUCAUCCCCGCGCCAAUAUAGGAUUCAAAAGCAGAACCCACCUCAGAAAAUCAAUGAGGGGGGUCGGAAGAUGGAGAAGGAGAAAAGUUCAGUGUCGAAAAAAGCACUUCUGCCCAAUUUCAGCGGUAUCUUCCACAGAAAGAAGAACCAGAUCGAGGGCGGGUCCCCUUCCUAUCUCCCAGGAGAGAAGCCUAUUUGAUUCGUUUGUGUUUACCAGAUCAGACCUUUGGUGCAAGUAUGAAUAUAUGGUUGAGAGAGAGAGAGAGAGAAACAUGUUUAUGCCUUUGGUGGUGGUUGUGUGUACAUUUUGAGACCAGUGGAAUCCAAGUUUCUAUUAUUUCCUCCCAUCUGUUGAGUGAGAAGUGAGAAGCAAAAAAUGAGUUUGAAAGCAGCUUUCAGAGAGAAAAGAGUGUGUUUGUAUAUAGCCUAGGGUGCAAGUUUCUUCUUGGUGAGUGAUUACUGAUUAGUGAUUGAAGAUUGGCGUAGAAGUGAAUUUUUAUGGUGGGCCCAAGUCCAUUGGAAUUUCUUUGUAAUCAUAUCAAAUUCAAAUCCCCCACCCCCCAUCCGCAGCA